GGAUCUGGCAACCCUGCGUCGGAUUAGAAAACAUUCCAUCUGUCAGAGAAGUCGCUCGGGACUUUCAAAAAAAAAGAAGGAAAACAUGAAGUAAAAACUUUUGGAAACUUGAGUUUGGGACUAAAGUCUGGCCAACAGACGGAGACUGUGCUGGUGGAUACAAUGUGGUGUUUUAUAUGAAGAGGUGCUCCGGCAGUUUUUGUAAGUCUGCCUUUUAAAAAAAAAAAGUAACGUCAACUGUUAGCGUCAACGGUUAGCUAAGAUAAGUCAGCUAGCUAGCUAGCUAACUCUGGCUAACUGUCGUCGACGCGUACUUUGAAAAGAAAGGAUGGCAGGUAUCGUAACGUAUUUGGAGACUUUGAAACGGAGACUGAAGAUUGACGUCCUGAGAGAAGCUGGACGUCAGUAUCCAGUCAUCUGCUUUCUGCUGCUGUCUAUGGUCGCACUGACUGUGCUGCUCAACAGGUAUAUCCACAUCCUGAUGGUCUUCUGGUCCUUCCUGGCUGGCGUCGCCACUUUCUAUUGCUCCCUCAGACCGGAGUCCCUUGUCCCGAAUAUCUUCUUCACCGUGAAGCCGAGGAAGAAACGGCAGGAGCAGGAGUUGUUUCCUCUGGGCCACAGCUGUGCCGUCUGUGGGAAGAUCAAGUGCAACCGUCACCGGCCGACGCUGCUGCUUGAAAACUAUCAGCCAUGGUUGGACCUGAAGGUUCCUUCAAAAGUGGACGCUUCAAUAGCAGAGGUGUUUGAGUUGGUUCUGGAGAACUUUGUGUACCCGUGGUACAGGGACAUCACAGAUGACGAGGCGUGUGUGGAUGAAGUGAGGAUGACCUUUCGCUUCUUCGCUUCAGUGCUCGUCCGCCGGGCUCAGAAGGUUGAUGUUCCUGCUGUGUUUGCGGACAAAGUGAUGAAAGCUGUAAUGAAGCAUAUUGAAAUUAUUGUAACAGCUCAAGAAAAAGUGAAGAACAUGGAGGGUUUACAACAGGCCGCUCUGGAUGAGUACGGCGCCGACCUUCACAUCGCUCUGCACAGCAGAAAAGACGAGCUGCUCUACCUAAGGAAGUUGACUGAGAUGCUGUUUCCCUACGUCAUGCCGCCCAAAGCAACAGACUGCAGGUCUCUGGCUCUGCUGCUGCGGGAGGUGAUGGCUGGAUCCGUCAUGUUACCAACCAUGGAUUUCAUGGCUGACCCUGAUACUGUGAACCUCAUGGUGCUGAUAUUUGUUGAUGACACUCCAUCUCUUCUGUAUCUCCAGCCAGAAACGCCCACAGAGCCGCCGUCCGUCAUGGUUCCAUUUUUACAGAAAUAUGCAGACGUCAGCAACAAAAAGCCGUCUGUGCUGAAGUUGGACCUGAAGGAGAUCAGGGGGCAGCAGGAUCUCCUCUUUCGUUUCAUGAACUUCCUGAAGCAGGAAGGAGCUGUGCACGUGCUGCAGUUCUGCCUCACCGUCGAGGAGUUCAACGAUAAGAUCCUGAGUCCGGAUCUGAGUGACUCUGAGCUGCAGCGUCUACACGGCGAGGUGCUGCACAUCUACGAGACCUACUGCGUGGACGAAAGCAUCGACAAGAUCAGCUUCGACCACUUCGUCGUGGAGGAGAUCAGGAACAUUGCUAAAGGUCCGUACGGCGGCGUGGUGAAGCUGCAGACGAUGCAUUGCCUGUUUGAGGCGUACGAACACGUCCUGUCGCUGCUGGAGAGAGUCUUCACCCCGAUGUUCUGUCACAGCGAUGAAUACUUCAGACACCUGCUGCGGGGAGCCGAGUCUCCAGCAAGGAACUCAAGAAUCAACAGAAAUAGCUUCAGUUUGGAAGAAAACAGAAACAUGUCGAAGCGAGGGGAGACGUUCGGGAUCAGCAGAAUCGGCAGCAAAAUCAAAGGUGUGUUCAAGAGCACGACCAUGGAGGGAGCCAUGUUGCCGCCCAGCGCCGUGAACGACCUCAACGAUGACCUGGUGGAGGAGGCGACCGUCGUGAUGGAGGACGACUCCCCCGCCGAGCCGGCCAGCACGCCGGGCACCCUGCGGAACCUGUCGGCCUGGAGCAUCACCAUCCCCUACAUCGACAUCUACGACGACGAGGUCAAGAGGGAGAGGAUCCCCGUCUUCUGCAUCGACGUGGAGCGCAACGACCGGAAGGAAGUGGGUCACGAAACUGAAAAGUGGUCGGUUUACAGAAGAUAUCUGGAGUUCUACGUUCUAGAAUCUAAACUCACUGAGUUCCACGGCACGUUUGCAGAUGCUCAGCUUCCAUCCAAAAGAAUUAUCGGACCAAAGAAUCUUGAGUUCCUCACAUCCAAAAGGGAAGAAUUUGAGGAAUAUUUACAGAGACUCCUGCAGCAUCCAGAGCUCAGUAACAGUCAGCUGCUGGCAGACUUCCUGUCUCCUCACAGCAUGGAGUCUCAGUUCCUGGACAGGAUGCUGCCGGAUGUCAACCUGGGAAAGAUUUUCAAGUCUGUACCGGGGAAGCUGAUAAAAGAGAAAGGACAGAACCUGGACCCUUUCAUCCAGUCCUUCUUCAACUCCUGCGAGUCGCCCAAACCCAAACCCAGCCAACCGGAGCUGACCAUCCUCAGCCCCUCCGCUGAGAACAACAAGAAGCUCUUCAGCGACCUGUUCAAGAAUAACGCUAACCUGGAGAGUUUGGAGCGGAAACAAAAUCACAACUGCUUCAUGGAAAUGGUUUCUGUAGACGGCAUGUAUGACUACAUGAUGUACAUCGGUCAGGUGGUGUUCCACACGGCGGACUGGCUGCACCACUGUCUGGCUGCUGGCAGGAUCCUGUUUAAGAACACGUUUGAAGCCUACAUGGAUCAGUACAUGCAGUCCAAACUGGAGCACAUCCUCCAGGAGCACCAUAUGGUCUCCCUCAUCACACAGCUCAGAGACGCCGUGUUCUGCGAGAGCAGCGAGGAGCGAACCGCUGAGGACAAACAACUCCGAGCCAAGCAGACGUUUGAUGAGAUGAUGAAGUAUUUACCAGACUUUGUGGUGAAGUGCAUUGGCCAGGAGAGGAAAUACGAAGGCAUCCGACUCCUCUUUGACGGUUUCCAGCAGCCUGUCCUCAACAAACAGAUGACGUACGUCCUGCUGGACAUCGCCGUGCAGGAGCUGUUCCCUGAACUCACCAAGGGAGCGAAGGAAGCCGUCAUGUGAAGCAGAUGACGUAACCAACACUGGAUCCACAUCCUGGAUUAUGGAAGUGCAAUGAUCAACUAUUUGCAAAAUCCUCUGGGAUCAUCUUUACAUUCCAAAUGUAUAUAGAUAAACUAAUAAAAAGAUAUAUAUUUAUUAACGUGAACGC